ACACAGAACCGCCUUGUCUCUGUUGUUCGCCUCCUUCAUAUCGCGACAUAUCGCCGACGUGGAAUGAGUCUCUCCCUGGCAUUUUCCUUCGCCUAGUCUGCGUCAUGAGCGUGAAUUACUGGAGAAAGGGCCGCCAAGGUGUUCAGCUGGAGCGAUCAAAGCCUCCUGGGUUUGGACCUGGUGUGCGUCUUUCCGCAGCCUCUAGCAUCGGUUGAGGUUGAAUUGACGGAUCUUUACCACUGCUUUCAGCAUGUAAGGCGAAGCUGCGACCAAUUUCAUAUUAACCACCCAUUUCUCAUCUGUGACCUCGCACCUUCCAGACGUCGACACUCCGCUCAAACUGCUUCCCAACCCCUCCAGCGGCGCUCCAGGAUCACUGGAUGAAGGAGAUCAACUGAACCCGGGACGUCUCUUUCAAAGUCAGAGCACCUUUACUUCAGCCAAAUCAACCAGACAAUUCUGUGCAAAGGAUUGACGAGAGAUCUGUACCAUAUGUCGAGCACCACCUCAACCCUCCCCGACGACGCCUUCCGAUCUUACGUCCUGGAUUUCCUCCGGCAUGUCCCUCCAGCGGCGCUCAACGUCUCAGGCACAGCGCGCUCCGAGCUCGAGGCGCUUGCCGGCGAGUAUUAUGAGACAAGCCAGGACGUCAACAUGCAGGAGUUUCUGCUUGCCCUCCACGCCCGCUAUGAUCUCGUCGGUCUGGGUUUCUUUGAGAAGUCUGCCCUCAACGACAUCCUCGUCCAGUUCCACGAGGCUCGUGGCAAGGGUGGUGCUGGUGCUGGGCGAGUCGGCGGCGGCGGCGGGUCCGGCAACACUCUCACCAGGGACUCAACGACGUCGCAGCAAUCGCAGACAGUGCAGCCUCAGCAGAGAGUGGUUGUGCCUGAAGAGGUGAGGGCGGACCUAGUCGGAGUUUCAUCGCAGUUCGCUGCUGAGGUUCCUAUGCCUGCGGAGUUGGAUCCCAAAGAUCUAGGCAUUGCAGGAGAGGAGGGCAGGAGUGUCAGAAGGGGUUCGGGGGCGAGAGAGGACUACGUUGUGGGCUGGAAGACUGAGUUUGUAAUGACGCCAGAAGGGGCAGCCCUGGUGUACAAGCAGUCGCGCCGCCGCCAGCGAGGGGCUGGGACAUGAGGUGCAUGGCAGCCACAUGGUUUUCUG